AUGACGCCGCUAUCUAAUGAAAGCCCUCCAGGCUUAGAAAAUUCAUUUCUAUCUAUUCCCAUAACCUCCAACAACCCCUCCCAGAAUACUUACGAGCUAAAAUCUCUCGAAUCAACAAAAUGCGACACCGGGGAUCAAGUCUCCUGGCGUUCAUUGUUUGGAUUUACGCAACGACAUCACACCCUUUCUGCUGUGUUCGCAAUCGCCUCAUCAGUUGCAGCCGGGGUCCCUCAACCACUCGCCGCUAUCUUCUACGGACGCAUCUUCUUCGCCUUGACGAGUUACGGCGGAGGGAAUUCGAGUAGCCAAGAGACGCUCAAGAGCAUCUCAUUGUGGUGCAUUGCAUUGACCGCCCUAGGAGUGGCGGCAUGGGUUCUGCAGGGUGCAUCUCUGUCUUCCUGGAUGGUAUUUGGAGAGCUUCAGGCGCAGAGCGUACGAAAUCAGAUGUUCGAGGGCAUGCUGGAUAAAGAUAUUGGAUGGUACGAUCUGCGCAAAGAGGGUAUUGGAUCGCUGCUAAUCCGAAUCCAAACGCAAAUUCGAGAGUUACAAUUGGCCGUCUCCCAACCCCUUGGGUUCCUCUUCACAGAAGUCUCGGGUUGUUGCGUAGCAAUGGGUAUCGCCUUUUCCUAUUCAUGGAAACUUACUCUUGUCAUCUUUGCCACAGUCCCUGUUGCAACCGUUGUUUUAUAUUGGGCCUCUGCGAAUCUAGGACCGGCUAUUGAAGCGCAGAAGAGAGAGCUUACAAGAGCGUCAAAAUAUACCAACACCGCAAUUACAGCUGUCAAUGUCGUAAAAGCAUUUAACGGACAAGAGCAGGAGGUAUGGCAAUACCACUCGACCCUCCAGGAUGUUGCUGCCAAAUAUCUGAUCCAAGCCCGAGCGAAUGCUUUGCAAUUCGGCAUCACGAAAUUCUUGACCAUGGCUAUUUUCGUACAGGGAUUCUGGUACGGCCUUGUCUUGGUCCGUAAGGGUACGGAUCCAGGCCAUAUCCUCACGACUUUCUAUGCAUGCUUGUUCGUGAUACAAGCUGUUGAAACCGUUCUGCCUCAAUGGUUAGUAUUGACAAAAGGUAUGUCAGCGGGACAGACUUUGAAGUCAAUCAUGGAUCAGAUGCAGAAUUCGCGAAGAGACUUCAAAAUUGCUGGCUGUAUCAAGCCAGAGGCAUGCGCCGGUGAUAUUGAAAUAACUGAUGUUACUUUUGCAUAUCCGUCCAAUCCCCAACAACAGGCAUUGAGCGGAGCAUACUUCUUUUUCCCAGCGGGGGAGACGACCUUCAUGGUAGGAAAAAGCGGUUGUGGCAAAAGCACGCUAGGAAAUAUUCUCAUGAGAUAUUAUGAACCAAGUCAAGGCGAGAUUAUGGUGGAUGGGCACCUUAUUGAAACUCUCGAUAUAGAAUGGCUUCGCCGCAACAUUACUUUGGUUCAACAAGAAACCUUGCUAUUCAAUGAGACGAUUUUUCAGAAUAUCGCUCUCGGGAAGCGAGAUGGUUCUACGAGAGAAGAUAUAAUGAAGGCAUCUGAGACCGCCGAUCUUGAACAGACCAUUAUCAAGCUUCCCCAAGGUCUUGACACUAUUGUUGGCUCGAAUGGCAAGUCAUUAAGCGGUGGACAACAACAAAAGGUCGCCAUUGCAAGAUCUCGCCUUCGAGACUCACCGAUACUUAUCCUUGACGAGGCUACGAGUGCUCUAGAUUAUGCGAGUCGAGACAAGGUGAUGAAGGAGCUGAGGAAAUGGCGGGAAGGCAAGACUACGAUUAUCAUCACCCACGAUACGACGCAGAUCUUAGAUGAUGACUACGUUUAUGUUAUGGAAGGAGGCAUAGUUGUACAAGAAGGCUAUCGAAGAAAGCUGGCGAGGGAUCUUCGUGGCCCCUUCUCAUCCUUCAUCUUGACAGAACAGACCUUGACAGCUGCUGUGGAUGAUAAGAUACCUCCUUCGCCCAAAAUGAGACGCCAUUCCGAACCACCAGCACCCAUAAUAGUGGUUCACGGUGAUCCUGACGAGGAACAGCAUAAUUACCGGCAUCACAUCUCUCAGCUCUUUGGAAUGACAGAACGAACUCCCACCGCUUUCCUAGCGAGCCCGAAUCUUCGAGGAACCGGCCAGUUUUCUUUCGGUGCUGGAACUACUCAGGCAAUUUUGUUGCGGGAAGAUGAGUUUUGGUCCCGUCCGGUGGUGAUAGAUACACCAGCUUUCCAACAACGGCAGUACUCAUUUACCGCUGCUGGCCUACCAAAGAUAGAAGCGCCGAAAUACGACCUUCCAGCUUUCGAUACUCCCAUACAGCAUCACGGCGGCCGCACUAUCAAAGAUCUACCUACUACAAUAUCUUCACGGGUAGAAGGCCGAGAAGGAGAAAAACAGGGAGGUCCCGCUUCCUUAUUCAGAAUCUUUGGCACUAUUUGGCCAACGCUGGUAUGGAAACACAGGCUCAUCCUGAUUGUUGGCUUUUUCGCUGCCUUCGUUGUUGCAGUUUGUACUCCGGGGUUUGCAUUCUCCUUCGCCAAACUGCUCAGUACAUUCUACCUCACUGUAAACCAGUCCGCGGAGGCCAAGAAAUGGGCAUUGAUCCUUUUAGGCGUUGCAAUUGUGGACGGGCUCGCGGCAUUUACUACACAUUAUGCUCUUGAACACUGUGGCCAGAUAUGGGUUAAUGUACUUCGUGUUGAAGCAUUAAAGCGGAUCCUAGCUCAACCAAAAUCUUGGUUUGAUAAGCCCGGUAAUUCUGCUAGUUGGCUCAAUGAGUGCUUGGAUCGAAAUGCUGAGGAGAUGCGCAAUCUCAUUGGCCGUUUUGCAGGAGCUGUCUUUACAGUUUUCUGGAUGCUUGGGAUAUCAGUGGUGUGGUCUUUACUUCUAUCAUGGAAGCUCACGCUGGUUGCGUUGGCGUGCGCCCCAGUUAUGGUCGUUGUGACUCGAGUUUUCCAUUGGAUUAGUAGCAUUUGGGAAGAAAAGUGCAACCAGGCCACUGAGAUGACGAGUAGUACCUUCACUGAAACAUUCUCCAACAUUCGAGUUGUACGAGCGCUGACGUUGGAACACCACUUUAGGCGCAAACAUCACCAAGGCGCUGCCCAUAUAUGCAAAACUGGGUUAUCAAGAGCAAUUUAUUCUGGUCUUCUAUAUGGCCUCACGGAUGGGGUGAGCAUCUUCGUUACUGCCCUGGUCUUCUAUUAUGGUGCCGUCACCAUCACCAAUGGCGAGCAAACCGUCGCACGAGUUAUCCAGGUCGUCAACCUCCUCCUAUUCAGCAUCGCCAACGCCAACGCAAUGAUUUCCAUUGUCCCACAGAUCAACUCCUCGCGCACAACUGCAACGCAUAUGCUGUAUCUUGCGAAUCUUCCCUAUGGCAGGUCCCACGAAUCCUGUGGGACAAAACGGAUCCUCACUCCAUUUCCAGUUCAAUUCAACAACCUCUCUUUCACCUAUCCCAAUCGCUCUUCCGUGGAAGCGUUGUCCAAGGUCUCAUUCACAAUUGCGGCCGGUAGCUGCACGGCAAUAGUCGGUCCAUCAGGCAGCGGAAAGAGCACAAUCGCCUCCCUCCUUCUAGCUCUCUACCCGCCAGACCCAGCUCAACCUAACGAAUAUCCUCCUUUGACCAUCGCAGGGAAACCCAUAUCCGACUGCAAUAUAGCCAGUCUCCGCGGCUAUAUAUCAAUCGUCCCACAAACUGCUCUGCUAUUCCCCACCACCAUCCUAUCCAACAUAACUUACGGUCUACCGGAAGGAUUUCCCUUCUCAAACCUCGAAGCUGCCAUGGAAGCCGCAGCGGAAGCAGGAAUCCACGACUUCAUAAUGGGGUUGGAACAAGGGUAUCGAACCCUCAUCGGUGAAGGUGGAAUGGGCAUCAGUGGAGGCCAAGCACAACGUAUAUGCAUCGCUCGCGCUCUCGUCCGAAGACCCAAACUACUCAUUCUUGACGAAGCAACAAGUGCUCUUGAUGCUGUGAAUGCGGAAGCUAUUAGGGAGACGAUUAGGAGAAUGGUCGAUAGAGGUAGGAAGAGAAAAGGUGGAGGUAUGGCGGUGUUAGUUAUUAGCCAUAGCAUGGAGAUGAUGCGUGUUGCCGAGGAGGUGGUCGUGAUUGAAAACGGCAGAUUGGUGGAAAAGGGGCCGAUUAAGGAGUUGGCGAGUAGGGCCGGAGCAUUUUCUAGGUUGGUUGGCGUUGAAGGUUUAGGUAGGGAUAGAGAUGUUAAGAAAAUGAGGUUUGGUAGCUUUGGAGAGGGGUUUGGGACGAAUAAGGAGAUGAAGGGUCCUGUGUCACCCGCUGUAGGGGAAAAAAGGAAUACUGGGUGA